GGGUCUGUCUUACAGUGAACAACUGAAGAGAAAAGAGCUGAGCUUUACAUGUUUCAGCUGUAUUUUACAAGUUAUAACGCAACUCUAUCUUCCACUUUAGAGCAGAUAUGACUGCUGCAACUAUACUGACACUUCUGCUUUUCUUGGCCAUCGCAGAAGGUAUUGGCCUUGGGGAUCAAGGAAUAAAUCUGCGAUGUAAAUGUAUCAACAAGGAGAAAAAGCCAAUUGGACGACACUUAAAAAAAGUGGAAGUGUAUCCACCUAACUCUCACUGCAAAGACACUGAGAUAAUUGGCACUCUUAAAAAGGAUGGACAAAGGAUUUGUCUUGAUCCCAGUGCUCCGUGGGUCAUAAAGAGCUUAAGAAGGAACCAGAAGAGAAAACAACCCAAAAAGCAAACAAAGAGAAAGCGUGGUUUACAAUAACACACCAUGCUUGUUUGUGUGAUGGGUGACAUCCAGGUUGCAGCAGUGACACUUACGACAUACUGGACACAUCAUUUAGCCAACUUUGCAAUUUUCUAGUUGUCAGUAAGAAAAGAAGGCAUAGUGACGCACAUUUAUCUCUAUCAGUAUAAUAAGCAUUAUAUGUCUACUUACAGCUAAAGUUAAAGGAAAAUGAAAUACUGAUGCAUUCAAUUAAAUGUCUUAAGGAGUGAAAAUGUAAGGAAUACCAAAGGCCAGCAAGAUAAAUGUAUAGAAAAUCUGGACUUUUCUGUCAGUUUUUCUUUCUUGAUAAACACAGUAUGACUCUGACCAUAGAAAUGAACUGUACAAAUCUGAAUUCAGUUAUUGUUUUUUUUCUUUAUAUUUUAUUUUUUCUAUAAUAUUUGUUUGUCUAUGUAAAGCAAUAUGUAAGUGUACGCUAAUGAUUGAAAAUAUGUGAAUAAACAGUUACCUUGUUUAAAAAUA